ACCAUAAUCCUGAGCUCCCGAAACCACCUUGCUACUAUCAACGGACACCUGGAGUCCUGGACUGCCGCAGUGGUUGUGGGCAAACGCGCGAUCCAACAGGCAGCAACUCGCCGCCAUCUCCAAAUUCAUCCCAACCUCCCCCCAUCAUUGUCGAAUGAAAACACGGAUACCUACGACAAAGGGCCAAAAGGCCGCCCAAGCAGCGUCCUUAUUUGAGCUCGCCGCGGCAUCCCGUCAUACCAUUUAAAGCCAGCCAUGUCGUACAACGUCUACCUCGCCGAGUCUCUCGGCGGAGGGAAGUCAGACCACCAUGCCAUCCUUGUGCAGCGGGAUGUGCCCUCGAAGACUGGCGAACCGCACUUUCUCUAUCAAGUCAAGGGCUCCAUUGCCCAGGGAAUGACAUACGAGUUCCGCGAAGCCAGAGAAGACGAUUUCAUGCUGGGGAAGACCUGGCUUGGUACUGUUGAUGCCGACGACUUCAACUGCAUCGACCGCAUCUGCUCUUUAGUGCCGCCACCCAAGAAGCAAUUCGACGGCCCGAGAAGACUGUAUCCGAGGGAGAAGCUGUACAAGUGCCAGGCCUGGACUCGCGCUGCGCUCCGGGCGCUAGAAGCCGAAGGCGUCCUUCGAUGCCCGCAUGGCAUUCCGUGGGAGACAAUUCAUGAGAGUAGGAGGACUGACACUUGGAGCAUCUGAGGGAGAGAGCGCAGACAGGCGGCUCUAGAAUGGGAAAUUCUUCUACGACACAUGGUCAAGAGGGCCAAGACGGGAUGUAAUUCGCGUGAGAACGAAGUGAAAAUGACUUCAAUUUUUUUUUUGAAGAA